AUGAAGUUCACAAUUCCCAUUCUCGCCUCUCUAGUGGCAACCAGCACCGCCCUCUUCGACAAGAACCAGCCAUGGGGUAAACGCGACUACCCCUGCAUCAAUGUUUACCAAGGAAUCCCGGAUAACUCAACCGUCAGCCCGGGCCAAACAGUACACGUUCGCUUCAACCGCAAGCCCACAGGACGCUGUCUGGACCCAUUGAACCAAUACCCGGGCGACGACUACAGUGUCUGGCUGUAUAACAACCCAGUUCGCGUGCCGAACUCCGUCAACUUCGAUCAGUCGGUUAAGAUCGCUACUGGUAUCAAGGAAAAGGCUGGUGUGGUGGAUGUUGUCAUUCCUAAGAAUUUGCCGCAUGUUAAUGAUGGCUCGGUUUGGUAUUUGAGGGUUCAGACUGGGUUGUCCACUGCUCCACAGAUGCCUACUUUGUUCAAUGCUGCUGGGCCCUUUACCAUUACCAAGGCUUAG